AUGAGAUUGAAGUCCCUGCUGACCAGCUUUGCCGGCUUGGCGACGGCAUCACUAGUACUGGCCCAGGAGAAGUGCGGUUCAGAGCAGCCAGGGCCCGAAGCCUAUGAAGCUGCCGUGUCUUUCCGCGCAGCCCAGCGUGCAGAAGGGCUAUCAGCUUCAUUCCUUCAUAAGCGCGCGGAGGGCCUGCUCGUUUCGACGUAUCUGCAUGUUAUCGAAGACGAGGCUCAUAGAGGGUUUGUCACCGAUACGAUGAUCAGCGAUCAGAUGAGGGUUCUCAACGACACCUUCGCCCCUCACAAUAUCCAAUUCCUCGUCAAAGAAAUUACCCACACGGUGAACGACGCCUGGACAACACAAGCCCGCAUCAAGGAGAAAGCAGAGACACUCCGUCGAGGCGCCUAUGACGACCUCAACAUCUACUUCGAGACAGGCAUGAUGACCAACCCCAACUCCGCGACGGGAAUCUGCAGCUUCCCCGUUGAGGACCCCUGGAACACGGGCAUUAAUGGCACAUCGUGGUAUACCUUCGACGGCUGCCACGUCAGUGUCGGCACGAUGCCCGGCGGGCCGGGGGUGCCGUGGGACCCGGAGGAUAACUUGGGCAAGACGGCGACGCAUGAGGUAGGGCACUGGUUUGGGCUUUUCCAUGUGUUUGAGGGGUUUGAUUGUGAAGGAGAAGGUGACUUGAUUGAUGAUACGCCGGCGACCAAGGUUGCUACUGUUGGGUGUCCGGCGAGUCAAGAUUCUUGUCCUGAGAAGCCUGGAGUGGAUCCCAUUCAUAAUUAUAUGGAUUACACGAAGCAUGCAUGUCUUUCGGAGUUUACUCCUUUGCAGGAAGAACGCAUGUAUCGAUCUUUCAACACCUUAAGGCUAGGUCGAUAA